UUACCAAAUAGUAAAAUUCAAAUACUGUAAUAAUGAUAAUUGUACACCAAAGGAUGUGAUCUUAAAUUCUUGGUUUGGCAUAUCAACGGAAACGACAAAAACAAGUUUGCGACGAGAAAUAAUGCUUUUUACUCUAGAAUUGCGUUUUUGUCAUUUUAGAUCCGCCUGAUGGUCCCCCAAUGAUAGCUAGCUACGGCUCUACGAUACAGGUUGUCGAGACAGAAGCGCUUAAAUUGAACUGUUCUGUAACUGGCGGAAAACCAUUAGCAACAUUAAGAAUGACCUGUUUAAACAGUAAUGCAACACCAUCUGUUACCAAAGAAACGACGGUGACUGUGUAUAUUGAACUACAAGUCAAUCGCAAUAAUAGUCAAUGCAUAUGCGAGUCUAACCAUAUUAUUAGUGGUACACAAAAAAUAUACGUCAGACUUGAUGUGCUGUUUCAACCGCGUGAAGUUCGCUUCAACUUCGGAAAUGUGGCAGGAGAAAGGUUGAUUGUAAACCAAUAUGAAGAGGUGACUUUUCAAUGUUUUGCUGAGUCUAAUCCUCAUCCAGACAUUGUUAUCUGGAAUCAAAGAGAUGAACAAAUCAAAAUGAGGAAAAAUACAAGUUCUCUCCACCACAUUAUUCAUAGGGUAUCUUGUUCUGAUGCAGGAGAGUAUGUAUGCUCUGCUAGAAAUAUGUUAACAAAUGGACAAGGAGCGCUAUCGAAACUCGUCCUGAUCGUGAGAUGUCCUCCAUGUCCGUCACCUGAUACAUUAAAGGCGACAAAGAUAACUGCUCUGCCAUAUUGUGACGUCACGUUGCAAUUUUUCGCUCAAGACUUUUUUGACGAGCAAAAAAAAACAGUAUUCGAAUGGUAUAAACAGAACGUGUCAUUAGAAAAUGACACGAAGUAUAUUAUAUCGUCUUACGGGUUAAAGUCUAACUUGGUCAUCAAGAACAUUACUAACUCAGAUUAUGGAAGGUACCGAGUUAUUGUCAGGAAUUCAUUUGGACAUGAUACACACUAUUAUGAAUUGCAGGGAAAGGCUCCCCAACAGUCAACUGAGCCUUUUACAGCUUCGACACUAUUUAGGGUCUCAGUUGGUGUAUCUAGUUUUACAGUUUUAGUGAUUAUAAUGGAAUUAUGCUUUUGGAUAUAUACCAGGUAAUGAAAAUGCCACCAAAGAAAAAACCAAAUAAAAUAACAAACAAACAAAAACCAACCAAACAAACAAAAAAACACACAAAAAACAAGAAAACAAUCAACCAAACAAACAUAAACAACAACAAUAACAGAUAAAAAAGCAAAUAUUCUAACAACAACAACAAAAACCCCAUAAAAGUCCCCCCGAAAACAUAAUAGUUAAGAAAUACACACACACGCACCACGCACGCACGCACGCACCCACACACGA